UAAAAGGAGUGAAACAAUGCGAUAAAAUGCAUAACAAAUUUGAAAGAGAUGUGAAGAAAAAUACAUCUGAACCUAAAAUAAAUGAUGGGUUAACAAAUUUUAAAGAAGUAAAAGAACUGAAGCAAUGCGAUAAAAUGCAUGAUAAAUUAGAAAGAGAUAUGAAGAAAGAUACAGCUGAAUCUAAAAUAAUUGAAAAAAUUAACGACAACAAGAUAGUCUCAAUCGGUCGAGGUGUCACCAUUUCUCAAUCUAUGAUGCAGAACGAGAUUCUUCAUCCAGAACGGGGAAAAAAAAAUAAGGUUAAAUCUGAAGAAAAUAGUAAUAAAAAAUCUUUGAACUGCAAUAAGUUGCUUGCAAUUAAAGAUUACGUACUCAGCCAAUUUAAAAAUACACCAAAUGGAGAAAAGUUAUUCAACACUACUGUUUCGAACAAAUGUAAGAAUGUUGCUCGGAACUACAAAUGAAUUGAUGCUUUCAUUAAUAUAAGUAUUAAUUAUACUCUAAAAUACCGUAUUUUUUAGUUUAACCAUUUUUGUAAGAUCUGUCCGUAGGAAAAAAUUAUACAAAAAUUACUGCAUAAAAAACCAUAUU